AUGAUGUGUAAUCAUUGCGUAACACAUUUUUUUAUUGGUCAUCCACAUAUUGAACAAGAAAACAACUCACAAGAUAUGAAAGGUAACCAAACUGGAUUAUUUAUUAAGUCAGUCACACCAAAUGGAUUGGCAGAUAAGUCAGGGAAACUGAAAGCAGGUGAUCAGUUGAUAGCUGUAAAUUCUAUAAGCCUAUUAUCUUCACCUUCAGAAAUUCCUUAUACCUGUAACACGCAGGACUUCAGCGCAAAGGUGCAUGGACUACCUGACAGUCAUCAAGAAAUAAUUGUUAAACAAAACCAACUCAUCAAGAACUCACUGAAUAUAGUGAACAACGGUGAUAAUAGUUCUACAUAUCCCGAUGACACUCAUGCUGUUAGACCGUCUGAUAAAUAUGACGCAAGGCUACACUUUAACUGUGCAGAUGACGAAAUGAAAGCUUUGAACGAAAAUGCUACAAAAAUUAGUUCAGUGUAUCCGUUUGCAGCUAGAUUGCUAAAGCAAGCCUAUGGGCCAGUUAGGCUUAGUUUGAUUCGUUAUAAUAGUGUGGGAGAACGAAACGAGUCUCAGCCUCAACAGAACUGUCAUUUAGACAUAAGUGAAGGGACACAACAACACCUCAUCAACAUUUCACAGGAAGACAGUCAAGACAUCGUCACCUGUAAAACACAGACGCAAUGUCAAAUAUAUCCAACAAAAGGAAGAGAAGCAACUGAAGAGUUAACCAGUGAAAAGAGAAAUUAUGUAGACAAUGGGACACAGGUUCACAUGCCAACUAGAUCAUUUGAAUCAAUGACUAAAGAUUUCGGUGUUCAGUUCACAACUAAUGAAAUUCUCCGAACAUCUAAUAAAAAAGAAAUAAACAAAGUGGCUCCCUCACCGUGUCAGCUCAUAUCAACACCGAAACAUUUACAAAGAGAUAGGAAGUGUAUUCACUGCAAGCAUCUACAAUGUACCAGCAGUGUAUCAGCUAGACGACAGUGCAUAAAACAGAAUUUAUUCAAGGUAAUUCUGAAUGAUGGCGAUGUAACGAGAAGUAAGGUCGACUCAACAACUCCAACUCCCAAGCCCCGUACAAUUCACUUGAAGUGUGACAAAUGUGCUCAUAAAAAUGAUAUUUCAAGAUCAAUUUUUACAGACGAACCCAUAGCAUGCACCACAAGUAAAGAGUACAAUGUCAACAAUAUUAUUAAACACGUUCCAAAACCCGUGAUUUGUCCAACAACUUCAUUGUCAUUAACGAAAUACAGAGUAAACUCGAAUCCUGCAGUAUUUAAACAUCCUCAUGGUAACAAGAGUAAUAUAAAUGCCUUAGAUUUGCAAGGCUCAAAAAUCCCUUACUCACAAAACUAUCUUUACCACUUGAAAGCACAAAGAGAAAAGGAAGUCACAUCAAUACCCAGUACGCAUCAUUCUUACUACUGUCAUAUUCAUGAUUACUUCUCAGUGAAACCUUUACUCUACAGUCAUGCUAAGAAAGCAUCACAUGAAAACACCGUUAAUAUCUUUACUCAUAAUGAAGAAGGACAAAGUACGCAGACACAUUUAAAACUUGAAAAACGAUUACGUCUCCUUCAUGAACGCCUGUUACCAGAGUUUCACUUGUCUUCUUCAAAUAGACAUGAGCAACAUGAAAGAGAAAGGCAAGAAAAAGAGGAAUACAUUAUGUUACAAGACGAGGCAGGAGAUGGACUGAACUCAGUGCUAAAGGAAUCGAACACAUUCUACAAGUUUAUUGAGAACUUAAGUGAAACCGAAUGGGAAAUUUUGAUGAAAAUAUUAGGAAACAGAACUGAUUGUGAAGUCGCAUAGAUAUGAUGUUAGCCAUGAUACAUUCUUCUAAAGUCGACAUUUAUGUCACUGAAAGUAUUCGCUGUAAACCAACUAACCAACUAACUAGUGUAUAACAGCUAAUUACAUAUGGAAUGAUGCAAGCAAUGCUAUAUGGAACCAUAAAUGUCCGGAGAAUCAUAAUCAUAGCGUCUUUAUGAAGUCCUUAGUUCAAGUAUCACGUUUGGUAUGCAGUUUAAUGUAGACUUUCAUUUUUAUCAUUUAGAAACAAGCUAAAUUUUAUCAUUAUGCUGCUGAUUAUUCAAACAUGUGUGUGUAAGAGUGUGUACGUGUGUGCGAGGCACUUCAUCGAGUUCAUGUAAACAGAAACAUAGAAUAUGAAUUAAUAAAGUGAAAGGUUGUAACAAGUCAUGCAAAUACUCACUAGUCCGUGACGUGCAAAUGAACCGUAUGGAGCACAUGCAACGAAAACUGCUUCUGAAAUCAACUUGUAUGCUUUACUGUCACUUAAAUGAGUACAAAUAUCUAUGUGUACACGUGCAUAAUUGUUUUUGCCCUAAAAUGUAUUUCUCUCUUUUAAAUGAGAAGUCAUGAUAAUGUAUUUCAUUUUUGUUAUUGUUACUAUCAUUAUUACUAUUGCUGUUUAUGAAGUCAAUCGUCCGAUGUAAAAUGAGCAAGUUAUAAAGUCAAUAAAUAAAGUGGAGUUAGUUACAAAAAGUAAACAAUACGCAUAUGUCUGAACAAUUUGUAGAUACAGAUAAACGAAAACACUCAUCAGACCUUACUGGCAUAGACGGAAAAGAGUAAUCUUCGUGUUUGCUUUAAUAUAUUAGAAUUUGACUGACUGACUGGGUUCAGCAUAGAACUUUGCACAGAAGUGCAGCAGUUCGAAUCGCCACACUCCAUGUAACACAAAAAGGAAGACAAAAGAGAGAGAGAAAAAGAGAUUCAGCAGGAAGACAGAAUACAGAAAUGUGAAGGGGGAAGAAAAGUAAUAUAGAAAAAACAACAGAGUUUUAUUGGAUAGGUCAAGUCACAAAAAGUGAAUGUAUCUGCGUCAUUGACAAAGAUUUUGAGCCAUAUUACCAAUUGUCUCCAGUCUUCAUUGAUUCCUACCAUCCCAAGGUUCCCAACCAGUCACAAAGUCUAUAUCUUUCUACGUGGCUAAAUCCAACUGUAGUGGAUUACAUUGUCUGAUGCCGUGUUUUCGUUUGACCACCACUAGCCCUUUUCCAACCUGAUCCUAUGUCAGCUUACACUGUCCAUAGAAGAAGGCGAUCAGUGACCUGGGAUCCAUGCGUGACGCAUGUCCUAACCAUCCCAAUUGAUGUAGCUUCACAACCUCGUCGAUUGGUUCCCCUCCUUUCCUAACACUAGACACCUAACCUCAACAAUGCUCACCGUAUUAUACCACUGAAUACGGGAGAUAAAACGCGGGUACCUAUGGUCACAGAAUUAGAAUUAACUGGAAGAACAUGUGUAGCAGAAAUGACGUGAGACGGAGCUGAAUUAACUACAGAAUCUGUUUGUUAAACGUUGGUGAGAAUUCCAUUGGUAUGCAUACUUUUAACAUAUGAGUUUUAAUUUGUACAUUUAAAUAUAUUGGAUGAUCCACUGUGAAAUUGUUUUGUACUACUUCGAAUCAGAAAGUGCACUAAGCAAGUGAUCUUCAGAAAAAGUUAACUCCCAUCAUAUGGUUGGAAGAGCUGACACAACUGCUAUAAAUAGUUCCACUGAGUCUUAUCUAGGAUCUCUGUAUUGAUAGCGAAUAAGCUCGUUAAUUAAUAGACACACUACCACCUUUGAUAUAAUGAAGCCAACGAAAACUGUUUUAUGAAUAAAUGUAUUUAUACACUUACUGUGCAGAAUAACUAUGAAUUAAACAAUGAAUUCGUGAUCUUUUUCAAAUGGCCUUUUCUAUGUCACAAGAUCAGAUAAAUAAUCACAUUUACUUCUUGUAUGAAAUGGGAAGUAGGAGAGCUGAAAUGAUUGGCGAUCUCAGAUAAACUUGUUGAUUUAUACUCAUGUUCACUGAGUUUCUGUCAGCUGUCAUAUGAAACAAUUAAGUGUAUCUGUGAGAGAGAGACUAGUUCAUACUCAUGACUCACCUAAACCAUCUAAUUCAUGAAGCCAGAAAUGAAUCAGCCAAAUCGUGUAAACCACAUAUCUGAGACGUGAAUCGUGGAUCUUAUAAGACGCCUACAUAUUCAUCUGGACAACUGAUCGAAUUGUAUGUGACGGACUGAGAUCGCCCAACAUUAUUCCUU